AUGUCCCUCACAGGCACUGACAAAAAGUCCAGGAGGUUGCGGGCGCUUUGUGUAGGCGCAGGGGUUGCUGCUGUCUCUACCGCAGCGUAUGCAUGGUGGUACUUCAAUCAUGUUUGUCAAGUGCCCCGCGUGUAUUCGGCAAAGGGAAGUGAUGUUCAAAAGAUAAUGGCAGGGGUCGCCAACUUGUGGAAACCCUACAGACCAGCGUUUUUCCUUCCCAAUACACAUCAGCAAACCAUUGCAGGAGUUUUCCGGAGGUCCAUUGCAAGCUGCUUUGAACGGGAAGAAGUUCGUCUGUCUGAUGGUGGCACCUGCGCCCUGGAUUGGUUUAAGGACAGCAAGGACCUCUCCAGGUGGAAAGACGAUGUACCCAUAGUGAUUGUCAUGCAUGGUCUGACAGGUAUGCUCUGUCAACAUGUCGUUGUCAGAUGUGCACCCCACUUCUGUCAGCUUGACAAUGACUCAAGUGGUUGUUGUCGGUCACCCUCUGCACAUGGCAGUUGCUGUUGCCUCAAAAUUCACAUGCCUGGAGCAGAGAUGAUAGCAUUCAUGUUGAAUGGCCUCAUUCUUGGGCAGCCCUCUGAACAACACACGAUGGCAGGAGGAAGCCAUGAGGGCUACUGCCAUUGGAUGUGCCAGACUGCUUAUGAAGGGGGUUGGCGAUCCCUUGUGCUCAUUUACCGUGGAUGCUCUGGCCUUCGCUUAACCGCACCAAAGGGAUAUUGUGGAGCUGUUGCAGACGAUGUACAUGUGGUGAUGAAUCUGGUGAAAAAGCGAUGCCCUGCCGCCCCUCUGUUUUGUUCUGGAUACUCACUUGGAGGGGCGAUGCUUUGCAAGUACAUGAGUGAGUCAGACGCACCUGAUGGACCAGGGAGCCAAUUGUUGGCAGCCGCAGUCGUCAGCGCCCCUGUUUGUCUCGCUGCAUCCAACAAGAACCUUUCUCGGGCUUGGACUCUCCCAUGGGUGUUCAACUUGGUAUUGGCAUACAGGCUGCGCAUGUAUGCCGUUGAGCAUGCUAAGUGUUUUGAAGGACAUCCAACGGUGGACGACAAAUUAGUUAUGGGAGGCACGACCAUUGAAGAUUUCGAGCAAGCAACGAUAUGUCAAGUAUUUGGGUUCUCAUCUUUGGAAGCUUACUACAAGGCUGGAUCGCCGCUGACCCACAUUCCGGAGCUGCGCACGAAAACGCUCAUUUUACUUUCCGAAGACGACCCUUUUGUGGGGUACGAACUCAUAUUGGUGAAAGGCAGACUGUGCUGCUUGCUUUAA